AUGGCCCAAAGUCCAGACCCCCAUAGCCAAUUCAUCACUCAUCCUACCGGACAGACGACACAUAUCAUAGUCGACGAUUUUACCGAUCCAUGGAAACCUUCCGAGACUAUCUUGAUUCAAAGUGGCUUUGCUCGGCAUGCUGCAUUCUGGUAUCACUGGGUGCCUGCCCUCAGCCGCCGUUACCGGGUUGUCCGACGGGACCUUAGAGGCCAUGGUCGCUCCAGCUGUCCUGAUCCAGGAUCUGGGUACGAUUAUUCGCUCGACACCAUUCUAGGAGAGAUCCUUGAUACGCUGGAUCAGCUGAAUAUCCCAAAAGUCCACUUUCUGGGUGAAUCGACGGCAGGAAUGAUAGCGGUAGCUUUUGCAGCCAAACAUCCUGACCGAUUACUGAGCUUGACUACUUGCGCGACUCCGACUCAUCUUCCAAUGUCGGCGCAAAAAGAGUGGGCUCUGGGAUAUAAAGACUGGGAGACUGCUUGUCGAACCUUGGGCUCUAAAGCAUACUGUAGUGCCCUUUCGAAGAUGCCAGGCGGAAUCGGACAACCAGAUCCGGAGUAUACAAAGUGGUGGCUGGAACAGAUAGGAUUGAACAGCGGAGAAGGACUUGCGCAGUACGCAAAGUUCUUGAGUACACUCGAGAUCCGAUCAUUCUACGAGGAUAUUACCAAGUCUCAAUUGCCGGUGUUGAUACUAGCGCCCACUCGAAGUCGGAACACGAACUUUCAGGAUCAACAAAAGCAGAGAGACUUCCUGAAGGGAUGCACGUUUGAGGCUGUGGACGGAGCCGGGCACGAAAUCUUCGUCGACAAAGCCCAACAGUGCCAGGAUGCUGUGCUCAAGUUUUUGGGGAACAUUCGAGCGGAGGGCUUCAAGCAUUGA